AUUUUCUGCAAUAAUGCAACUAAAAGCAGAAACUUUAGCAAAAGCUCUAAAAAAAGUUUUCUUUUUUUUUUAAUAGUUUGUUACCCUAAAAUUGGUUUGUUUAGAGCUAGAUACUGCACUUUUGCAGUAUUUAGUGCGCUCCUAAUAAGUUUUAAAAAUUUACUUAAAAAAAUAGUUUUUAUGCUAGGUUGUACUUAUAACUGCAGCAGAUUUUUAAAGUAA